AUGGAGCUGAACUUCGUGAUCCAGGACGCGCAGAACAUACAGCACAUGCUGGAGCUUCUGGACCACUGCCCACCCAGUUUGCAGUUACUUGGGCUAUAA